GAGACGGGGGAGAGUAGCGAAGGGAGUGGUAACAGGAUGGAAUAUACAUUUUCAUUGCAUCACCUUGUAAGCGGCGUCCAAUCAGGGCUGGUUUCGGAGGGCAGUAAUUGAUGAAGGUGUCUUUUCACUUGGCUCACUCCCUCUUUCAUUUUAUUUGUAGCCAAAGCAGUUCGGGAAGAGCAGCUGCACAUGUGCUCCUGUUCUCUCUCUCUCUCUCUCUCUCUCUCUCUCUCUCUCUCGCUCUCUCUCUCUCAUAUCAGCUCUCUCCUUCUCUCUCUCCCCUCUCCGAUGCCCUCUGGAUCUGCUGCACCUUUUUCUUGUCCAUCUAGCAAAUGGAUUCGAGCAGCCAGGAAGCCUCGGUCCAAGAACAUGAGAGGACAGCUGCUUAUUUGUCCUGAAAACUGUAUAUAUUUCCAUUGAUUAAUCCGGGCCCCUAGCAAUGGAUUGAGUUUUCAUAUGUAUCUUAUUUUUGCUUAGUAUUUUUCUUAUGUGUUACAGGUAUGAAAAAACAAUGUGGACACAUUAACUGUCACCCAAAGGUACGCCGGCACAAUGCUGUCAAAUAAAGAAGGAACAGUUGGCUUUGGAUGCUCAUCGCUCCAGAUGUUAGAAGUGGCACCAUAGAGAAAAUGGGCGAUUUUGAUUGUGGUUUUGAAGAGAUGGAGGGUGUGAAGCUCGGUUACCUCGUUAUCAAAGGCAAGCAAAUGUUUGCUCUCUCGCAAGUCUUCACGGACCUCCUGAAGAACAUCCCAAGGACUACUGUGCACAAGCGAAUGGACUACUUGAAGGUGCACAAGCAUCACUGUGAUGUGGAGGAACUGCGGAAGCUCAAAGCGAUCAACUCCAUAGAUUUGCACGCGGCCGAGUGCACGCUGAUCUCCAGGGAAGACGUGGAAGCGCUGUACACCUCCUGCAAGACGGCGCGCUCACAGAGAGCCCCAAGGAGGAACGCGGAUCCGAGAUCGGAGCUCUGCAAUGCACAGUUUCGCUGGGAUCCCCUGCGCUCUUUUGGGGAAAAGCAAAUUUGCCUACGCCUGCAUGACGUUUCCCACCCCUGGUCUUUUAAACAGGGGCUCGGACGCCAGGAGGUGGUCGCGCCCCCGGCGGCUUGCAGUCUACCUCAAAUUUACAGUACUUCUGCGAGCCACGAGUGGCAAGCACUAACCAAGCCAUGCUGGAAAUACUGCAAAAACUAUGAAACAGCUGAAAAACCCGGCAGACACGUAGCACUGAAUUGCCGAUGUUCUCUUUUGAGGAGAGUGGCGUGCCAGUGCGCCAUCGUGGCGCCGUCCAGUCUCUUCUGCAGCGGGAGGAGCGGCCGGGAGCGCGUAGGGGGCCGAUUCCGGAGCUCGCGCAAAGCCACGAGCCAAGUUUUACUCCUUCCCACGUGCUGCAGGUCACAGGUGUCCAGCGACAGUUUGAACAGCGCCCACGUCCACCGUGAGCUGCUCCCGCACCACCACCACCACCACCACCAGCAUCGGCCUGGAGGUUUGCAGGACCUCUGCAGCAGCGACAGCGAGUCCAGCUCCAGCUCAGAGAAAGAGCAGCACCACUCCGACUUUGGAUCACGCGCGUCCAGCACCAGCGACUCCGCGCUCUCAGAUGAAGAGGAGGAUGAAACCCUGUCGGAAAGCUCGGACGCGACCGAUGAGGAGAGUUCAUCGCAGUCCGACUCCAGCUCUCAGUCCAGCCGCGCUUCGCUGCAGAGCAUUCGCUUCAGGCGCACGAGCUUCUCGGCCCCCAGCAGCAAAGCGCCUCUGCAAGGGGAGCCCGCUUCCCGUCACGAUCAUCGGCACAGCCACAGGGCAGCAAACCAGGACGGAGCGAUUCCGUUGGUCCAGUAUCAUGGUGGCCUUUCGAGAAAAAUCAAGAACUGCGACUCUACUCUUCAUGCGUAUAAACAAGAAAUUGACAAGUUGUGGAAACAGAGCAACGCGUCCCCGUUCCCCUAUGGAGGGGGGAGGGACGCUGGAAUUCCACAGCCCGCACCGAGGACUCACCCCACGGCUGCCAGUGUCAGAGAGACAAAGGGAAACAAAGAAUUUGCCCAACAAAGAAUACCAGGACAGAGACCCAGAUCCCCGCAAAGUUCCGCACCGCAUUGUGCGCAGGACAAAGAAGCGAAACCUCCUACAUUACCCCUUAAUUUCUCGAAAGAAGCAAACAUUAAGCAGCUCCACAAAGCCAUAAAACCUAUCAGGGUUAUCAAAUGUGAAAAGGAGGACCCCUGCGAAUCACCACGCUCCUACCACCACUGCGAGCAUGACGUGAAGGUCAAAGAAGAAGACAGCUGUGAGGAGCAGCAACGCCGGUGGCAACUUCCAGAAGGUGGGUCACAACCGGAGAGCAACGCACGUGGCCCUGAAGUCCGUGAUGGACAGGGAAUGGGUGGUCACGGCUGGCUUACAGAUCCAAGCAUCACCAGGUCCAAGGAGCUGAACGCGAGCCUGGUACACAAGUGUCCUCCAAGAGGGGAUUCGGGAUUGAAGGGCUCUUCUUCGCUGGGAAGUGAUCCGGAGGAGGUGGAGUAUGAGAUCGGUGCCAGAGUUCGAAGACACUACAGGGGCCUGGUGCUGGGAGGUCGGGGCGGGUAUCCGAGGACACUUCAUACGUCACACUCGAAGGUGGACAGGACGCCGCUUUCCGGAGCUCGAUCUUCAUGUGGUGCAGGACCACGAGGUUUUUCCCGAGCUACCAAGCGAAAACGUGGAUCUGGCAACGUGGCAGCUGAGAGAAAGCCCUUGUUUAACCUCCUGGGAACUUUCCCACCCCCGCCGGCGCUAAUAGUUGGCACUGAUGGGGACCUGAGUCCCGCUUAUUCUUUAAACUCAGCGAAGGACAAGGGGACACCACGCAGGUCGCAUCCCGUGUGGAAGUGGCAGCUCGGGGGAUCCCCGUUGCCUCUACCGCCAAGUCACAGGUUCAAGACAUUUUAAGGGAACAAAGGAGGAGGACAAGAAAACAUAUCUUCACACGGAUUUUAUUUUCCAUCAUGCCGUUCACCCUAAAAUGGAACUGUUUCAUUUUGGUCGGAACCCGUUUACAACCGCUGUAUCUCAAGGAUUUAUAAACAGACUCUCGAAGCUAUUUGAUUGCGGUGUCAUUUUUUGCGGGGUACUUUUGCAAUUGUACUAUU